AUGGAUAGAAAAAUUGUACUACUUAUUGAUAAUGCAGAUUCUCAUUUUAAUACAAAAAGACUUGAAAAAGAGAAUUCUGAUAUCUCUAGUGAAGGUGAAUCUGAUAAUGAGCAAGGAUUAACAGCCCAUUUGCAACCUAUGGAUACAGGGAUUAUCCAUAGUUUUAAAUCAAAAUACAAACAAGAAUUUUGUAAACAUUUAAUUUGGCAAUUUGAUUCUGGAAUUGAUUAUCUGAAGGAUAAAACAAUGUCACUCAAAAAACCAUUCAAAACUGUUGAAUCAAAUGAUGAUGAUGAAAUUAUAGAUUUACUUGAAAAUUUACCUGAAAAAGAUGAUGUACAAGAAUAUUUUCAAUUAAUUAAUUAUAAUGUUCCUACUGAAGAAAAUCUUAAAAAUGAAAAAAGUGAUAGUGAUGAUGAAGAGAUACUUCCAGUAUCAGUUAAAAAUGCAGUUAGUGGGUUGGAAACUUUUAUUAAAUAUUUUGAAUAG